AUGGCUAAAGAGCUUUGCGAAGAUAAUUGCUAUGUGGCGUUAACUCACGAGUAUCUUGAUGCUAAAGUUAUGAUGGACAAAGUCCGAAGCCCAAAGGCCGGAGCCAUCGUUCUUUUCGCAGGUACCACCAGAGACAAUUUUGGAGGAAAACCAGUAAAAGAACUUCAAUAUACAUCAUACGAGCCAAGGGCCUUACAAACUAUGCUCAGUAUCUGUAAAGCAAUUGUUCAAAAACACUCAUUGACAUCCAUUGCCAUGAUUCAUCGAUUGGGGGUUGUACCUAUUGGAGAGGAAAGCAUUUUGAUUACAGUAUCUUCACCUCAUCGCCAGGCGGCUUGGAGAGCAGGUGAGGAAGCCCUGGAAGAAUGUAAGGAGAAGGUGGAGGUAUGGAAGAAAGAAGAAUUUGGUGGUGAGGAGGGUGGUGUUUGGAGAGCGAAUCGUGACGGUGCUGUGGGCGAGCGAGUGGAUGAAGAGAAAGAGAAGAAGAAGCCGGAAAUGGGACCUCAUGGUCCGAUACUACGGCAUAAUCGACCUGGCGAGCGUGGACAUGGACCAGUGGUAAGAAACCAUCAGCUUGGUUCUUGA